CGGUGGAGGCCGCGUGCGCCCGGUCGCGCCCCCCACCCCACCCCGUCAUAGAGCCGGCGGUGGCGGCAGAAACUCAUGCCAUCACUGUCCCUUGUCCACUUUGACAACGGCUGUGAGGGGAGUGAAGGGGUGGGGCGAAGCAGAGCAAGUCCGAGCCCAAGCAGCAAACGGCGGCAGAAUGAACCGGGAACUCUGACCGGGUGCCCCCCAUUACCUUGCUGGCGGUCAGAAGGCGGUGGUGGGGGGGGGGGAGGUGGCCGGCGAAGAGAAAGGGGCGUCGCGGGCCCUUCUUGAGGAGGCGACGUUUACUGUAAAUGGACACUGCUAUGGAUUAUGAAAGGCCAAAUGUUGAAACUAUCAAGUGUGUUGUUGUUGGAGACAAUGCUGUGGGAAAGACACGACUCAUCUGUGCAAGAGCAUGCAAUACCACCUUAACACAGUACCAGUUGCUGUCCACUCACGUUCCUACUGUCUGGGCGAUUGACCAGUAUCGUGUUUGUCAAGAGGUGCUUGAACGUUCCCGAGAUGUUGUAGAUGAAGUAAGCAUAUCUCUCAGGCUGUGGGAUACAUUUGGUGACCACCAUAAGGACAGGCGUUUUGCAUAUGGCAGGUCUGAUGUGGUGGUCCUGUGCUUCUCAAUUGCUAACCCCAAUUCACUUAACCAUGUGAGAACAAUGUGGUUUCCUGAAAUCAAGCAUUUUUGUCCACGAACACCUGUUGUCUUAGUUGGCUGUCAGUUGGACUUGCGUUAUGCUGAUCUUGAGGCUGUAAAUCGUGCACGCCGCCCCUUAGCAAGACCAAUAAGACCCAAUGACAUUUUACCUCCUGAAAAGGGCCGAGAAGUAGCCAAAGAACUUGGAAUUCCCUAUUAUGAAACAAGUGUGUUUGAUCAGUUUGGCAUCAAGGAUGUAUUUGAUAAUGCCGUCAGAGGUGCACUGAUUUCUAGGCGACAUCUUCAGUUCUGGAAAUCUCAUUUAAAGAAGGUGCAGAAGCCUUUACUGCAGGCACCAUUCCUACCACCUAAACCACCACCUCCAGUAAUGAAAAUUCCAGAUAAUCCAGUGAGUGCUUUUAAACCUAGCCAUCUGCUCGACAAUCCACUGUGUGCUGAUGUUAUGUUUAUACUCCAGAACCAGGUUAAAAUCUAUGCUCACAAGGUAUACCUGGCUACCUCAUCAUCAAAAUUUUAUGACCUGUUUUUGUUGGAUCUAACUGCUGAAUCUCAGAUACACAAUGAGAAAAAUGAGAAACAAGUAAAACUAGGCCAAGACCAUUUGAUGAGGACUUCAAGCCUUGACACAGAUGGCGACAAUAGUGAGAUCAGUGUUGGUUCAAUACCAUCCAUUCUGAGAACAUCUAAGAGUGAUAGCACUUUGAAAAUGAAUAUACACGAGGAUGAAUCUUCAGAAAUGAAGGAAACACCAUCAGGAAGAUCACUGUCUUCGUGGAGCAAAGCCUUUAACCAUAUUCAUGAAGAAGACCUGGAGAACCCUGUAAUGAAGAGGAGAGGUCUCAUGACAGUUGUUAAGAUGGACCAUUCAAUCCAGCCAGGGCCUUUCGAAGCUGUUUUACGAUUUCUCUACACAGGACAGCUGGAUGAAAAUGAGAAAGAUCUGAUGAGAAUUGCACAAAUAGCAGAACUUUUGGAAGUUUUUGAUUUGCGUAUGAUGGUUGAAAAUAUUCAAAAUAAAGAAGCCUUUAUGAAUCAGGAGAUCACAAAAGCAUUUCAUGUCAGGAAAGCAAACCGAAUAAAGGAAUGCUUAGCAAAAGGAACAUUUUCUGAUGUAAUGCUUAAAUUAGAAGAUGGGAGUAUUAAUGGCCACAAGUCUUUGUUGAUUUCUAGCUGUGAAUGGAUGGCAGCUAUGUUUGGAGGGUCUUUUCUGGAGAGCUCAAAUAAAGAGGUUUACUUUCCCACCACAAGCAAGGCUUGUAUGCAAGCAGUUCUAGAGUACCUGUACACCAGCCAAUUCUCAUUCAGUUCAAAGCUUGACCCGAUUGAGCUGAUUGUCUUGGCAAACAGACUGUGCCUUCCACGUUUUGUGGCUCUGACAGAACAAUAUGCUGUGCAGGAGUUGUUGAAAUCUGUAAAAGAAGGUGAUGAUAUUGAUGGGGAAGUGUUGACGUACUUGGAACUAGCACAAUUUCAUAAUGCACAUCAACUGGCAGCUUGGUGUUUGCAUCACAUUUGUACAAGCUACAACAGUGUUUGCUGCAAGUUCAGGAAAGAGAUAAAAGCAAUAUCCCCUGAAAACCAGGAAUAUUUUGAAAAGCACCGUUGGCCACCUGUGUGGUACCUUAAAGAAGAGGACCAUUACCAGCGAGUGAAAAAGGAGCGCGAGAAGGAUGAGGUUGCUUUCCACAAGCAUCACUCAAAACGCAGGUGGUGCUUCUGGCACCAUUCUGCAGUUGCCUAAAAUCUCCAGGAGAAAGCAACUCUAGCAAUUAACCAGGCAUCCUGUGCAUUAAUAGGUAGAUUAAAAACCCACAAGUGUGUUCUUAACUCUUGUUUACUGUAAAAACAAACGGCUGGCUGUCUUGGGAUAAUCUGCCAUGUGUAUUUAAACAAUCAUUGUUGCAUUUGAAGCACAACCCUUUGUCCAAAAAAACACACAUGCUUGCUGUUACAAACUGGUCCCGUGUGGUGCCUAUAGAUUGGUUUAAAAUACUUUUAAUAUAGAUUACCUGUCAACAGUGACACUUCAUUUGUCGGCAAAAAGAAUUGCCACUGUUGCAUUUUAAUUCAAAAUAAAAUAUUUAAUUAUUUUUGUACUGGUGUUGGCUAUGUAUCUUUGUUGUAACCAAAAUAGAAUCAAAGAUGUCAUUUAGUUUUUAGUAAAUCUAUUUAACUAGAAGGGCUUAGUAACUAAUCCAUGAAAGGAAGUGACUUACUUCUGAAUGGACCUAAAUACACACGAGUAACUCAACAGUUUACUGCUCUCUUUUUAUGUACCUUUCCAUGCUGAUUUAUCUCACUGUAGUUAUUAUCUGCACAGUUACUAUAUACCCCAAAUGUUAGCUUACAAAAUGAAAUCCAAAGCUAUGCAUUAUUUAACAGUAAAGUUUUGAUGUGUUUGAGAUUUGAGUGAGUCAGAUUAUUUUAGACAGUGGAAAAAUAAUGUACUAAAACAAGAGCAAAAUAUUGUGGAUGCUGGAAAUCUAAAUUUUUUUUAAAUAUUUGGAAAUAUUCAGAUCAUGCAGCAUCUGUGGGGCGGAAAGCAAUCUUCAUACUUUAGGACAGUAACCUUUCAAACCAACUGUUCUAACGAAAGGUCACCUGUUUCUGUCCACUAUCUACUGAAUAUUUCCAGCAUUUUCUGUUUAUCUUUAAUGUACUAAAAUUGUUUUCAAUCUUAUUUUUGCCAAAAUUGUUUUCUGUAGUAAUUAUAUUUCAAUACCUAAUGUAACAUCAACUUACUGUGACCCUCAGCUCCAGGCACCAAGUGGCUGGUUCACUUGGUUUACAGUUUACUUUGCCUUCCAACUUUAUGCUCAUUACUUUUAACUUUUCGAGAAUAAAAUUAAAUGCGUGUGACUGCAUUGUGGUGGUAAUGUGAAACGGUACACCAUUUUUCAAAAGAUUAAUCAUUUUUUCUUUUGCAUUUGUUAUAAUUUCCUUACUAAUAUACAUAUUCCACAAAAGUAAUGUUUGUGCUGUUGGUUCUCACAGUUGUAUGAAGGAAAUUUUCACUUGGCUACAUCUGUAA